AUGCGCUCUAUCGCAUACCUAGCCAGCGGUCUUCCGGUCGCUUUGGCAGCCACUUCCGGCCAAUUCGAUGUUCUCUCCUUCAACGUAGCCGGUCUGCCGGCGAUUCUCAACGGCAACGAAGUGCCCGGCGAUAAAGCCAACAAUUCCGAAGCAAUUGGUGCCAAGUUCGCCGAAUACGGCUAUGAUGUGAUUCAUGUACAAGAGGACUUCAACUACCACGCCUACAUAUACAAGACCGACAACCAUCCUUAUCGUACCGCCACUUCUGGAGGUGCGGCUAUCGGGUCGGGUUUGAACACACUUGCCAACUACCCCUGGGUGGACUUCGAGCGCGUCAAGUGGGAAACAUGCUCCGACGCUUCUGGUGCCGACUGUUUGACCCCCAAGGGAUUUACCACGAUGCGGGUGCGCUUCGACGAGGGUGUUUAUGUUGAUUUCUAUAAUAUGCAUACGGAUGCUGGUUCUGAGACCGACGACGUCAAAGCCCGCAGCGCCAAUCUGCAGCAGGUGGCCGAUUAUAUUGGAAACAAUUCCGCGGGCAAUGCAGUUCUGGUCUUCGGCGAUACUAAUGCGCGAUACACUUCUUCUGGCGAGAAUAUCCGCGUGUUCGGAACUGAGCAGAACAUGACGAACCCUUGGGUAGAGCUUAUUUUGAAUGGUGUCGAGCCUACGGAGGGAACUGAUCCCUGGAUGUGCGACAACCCGACGACGAACAACACCUGUGAGACGGUUGACAAGAUCUUUUAUCGGGGAAGCCGUUCGAUCGAGUUGAGUGCGACCUUCUGGAGCUACGUUGGCACCAAGUUCGAGCUCGAUGAGCAUAUUCUCUCCGAUCAUAACCCCAUCACCUCCAACUUUACAUGGACUUUGUCUGACUCAGUGCGCCAGAGUGAUCUUUUCGGGGGACCUCACGGGAACUGGUUCAACGAUCUCUCCUCCAUCCCCUCAUCUUCAACAGGACAGAACAAACCAAGCAAGAUCACCCUUCGGGGCGAAAACCGCGUAGACAGUGUCGGCUUAGCUUUGACUUCGGGCCAGAGCUACACGCAUGGAGGAACAGGUGGCACUGCAUCUGAGCUUACCCUGGCGGAAGACGAGUACUGGACUCAGGUCAAACUCUGCCAGGAUAAAUACGACAAUCAUACUCGUAUCUUCUACCUGCUGGCAACGACUAGCACUGGCAAUACUGUCAGUACCGGGAAAACAACGAGCGACUGCAAGGAAUUUACUGCGCCAGACUCGUGGCAGAUUGUUGGGUUCUAUGGACGGGGUGGCGAUGAGGUGGAUGAGCUGGGUUUUAUUUAUGCUCCACAGUGA